AAAUUGGUGAUUUCACGGAGUGAAGUUCACUGCUGGAAAUGGAAUACUCAAUCGGAUUGAGAUAACCACUGGCAAUAUCAUUGCCGAUAAUUUUAGUUCACAGAAAUAAGUGUCAUUUAUGAGGAGUGUUUCACACUUUCUCUGUCAAUGAUGCAAAAGUAGAUUGAAUAAACAAUGGAUAUUUCCAGCUCUUAAUUAUACUUAGACAAUGCUAACGCUAAAGCUAUGCCAAUGCCAUCCCAUGCCCAUCUCAAUCUAAAUUUCAAUCUAUCUCCAUUAUGCAGAGAGGGUUGGUUGAAGGAAACUCUACAGACUUUGCUUACGACACACGGCUUCCCACUAGACUCUUCUACGUAUAGUCAAUUAUUGCAAACCUGCAUUGCGAAGAAUGCAAUUUCACAAGGUAAACAAAUCCACUCUUUCAUCAUUCAAAGGGGUUUUGCAUUUGCUACAGAGACAAAAUUUCAAAACAAUCUUAUCAACAUGUAUGUCAAUUGCGGGAGACUAGUAGAUGCACGUAAUGCGUUUGACGAAAUGACAGAACUAGACGUCUGCUCCUGGAAUACUAUAAUUGCAGCUUACAGAAGACAUGGGUAUCCUCACGAGGCAUUGACACUGUUUUACCAAAUGCACCGAACAGGUGUGCAAGCCGAUCAGUUCACCUUUGCCACAAUACUCUCAGCCUGUGCCAAAAUUAGAGCUUUGGAACAGGGUAUGGAUAUCCAUCAGACUAUAAUGGAAAGGGGUUUUUUGUCAAAUGUUGUCGUUGCAAGUGCGCUGCUAGACAUGUAUGCUAAAUGUGGAAGAAUACACAAAGCACGUGAACUGUUCGACAAAAUGCCUCAAAGAAAUGUGGUCUCAUGGAAUUCCAUGAUUUUAGGAUAUACACAAAAUGGGAUUUUUGAUAAAGCCUUGCAAACUUUUCAGCAAAUGAAGUUGAUAGAUGUAAUACCAAACUCCACAACUUUUGCCAACAUCCUUCCAGCUUGUGCUAAACUGGGAGAUUUGGAGCAGGGAACCGACAUCCAUCAGAGCGUAAUGGAAAGGGGACUUUUGUCAGAUGUUGUAGUUUCAAAUGCUUUGGUAGACAUGUAUGCAAAGUGUGGAAGCAUACACAAGGCACGCGAAUUGUUUGACAAAAUACCACAAAAAAAUGUGGUUUCAUGGACUGCAAUGAUUGCAGGAUAUGCACAAAGUGGUGAUCUUGACAAGGCUUUGAGGCUUUUCAAAGAAAUGCCUCACAGAAAUGUGGUUUCGUGGACUGCAAUGAUCGCAGGAUAUGCACAAAAUGGUGUCCUUGAUGAAGCUUUAAGGCUUUUUGAAGUGAUGCCUCAAAAAAAUGUGGUUUCAUGGAAUGCGCUUAUUGCAGGCUAUGCACAAAAUGGGUUUGUUGUAAAGGCCUUAGAAACUUUCAAGCAAAUACAAUCUGCAGGUGUCAUCCCAGACUCCACAACCUUUGCAAGCAUCCUCCCUGCCUGUGCUAAGAUCGGAGCUCUCGAACAGGGCUUAAACAUCCAUCAAAGUGUAAUUGAAAGCGGCUUUUUGUCAUAUGUUGUAGUUGUGAACGCCCUGAUAGACAUGUAUGCAAAAUGUGGAAGCAUAGACAAGGCACGCAAGCUGUUUGACGAAACACCUCAUAGAGAUGUUAUCUCAUGGAAUGCCAUGGUUUCAGGAUAUGCACAAAAUGGCUUCUGCAAGGAUGCUCUCAAACUCUUUGAAACAAUGAAGCACUCAGGAGCAUACCCUGAUCAUGUAAGCUUUGCAUGCGUCUUAUUUGCAUGCAGCCAUGGAGGUUUAUUGGAUGAGGGAUUUAAAUACUUCAUCAGCAUGAGGGACUCUUACUGCAUUUCGCCUAUUAUUGAUCAUUAUGUGUGCAUGGUCGACCUUCUUGGCCGUGCUGGCUAUCUUGAGGAGACUCUAAAGUUCAUUAUCAAAAUGCCAAUUAAACCUGUGGUGGUCUUGUGGAUGUCUUUGCUUGGCGCCUGUAGAUCACAUAAGAAUAUAGCAUUAGGAGCUUUUACAGCAAAUCUCCUCUUUGAGCUGGAUCCUAGAAAUACUGCAACUUAUGUUCUUCUGUCAAACAGCUAUGCAGAAGUGGGCCGGUGGGAUGAAGCUCAAAUGGUAAGGAGGUUGAUGAAAGAUAGAGAUAUUAAAAAGGUACCUGGAUGUAGUUGGAUUGAAGGCCAUAAAACGGUACAUACUUUUUUGGUAGGAGACAGAUCACAUCCACAAACAAAGGAAAUCUAUGAAAAGUUGGAGGAAUUGUCUCAGGAGCUGAAAGCAGAAGGAUAUCUUCCAGAUUCAAGACAUGUAGCGAAUGAUGUGGAGGAUGAGGAAAAAGAAUUAUUCCUUUGUCACCAUAGUGAGAAAUUGGCAAUCGCAUUUGGCUUGCUAAACACAUCCCCCGGAACAACCAUUAGAAUUGUCAAGAACCUUCGAGUGUGUGUUGAAUGCCAUACUGCAACCAAGUUUAUCUCCAAGAUUGUUGCAAGACAAAUUAUUGUGAGGGAUGCAAAUCGGUUCCAUCAUUUCCAACAAGGACAAUGCUCUUGCAGAGAUUAUUGGUGAUACUAAGUAAAGCAAUGUGCAAACUUAAGCUGGUGCUGUAACAGGGUGCAUCAUGUCAGACCUGCUGUGAUAAAGAAGAGACCAGGAUCUGUUUUCAGUUUCGAAAAGGGACACAUUAUUAUAUUGAAUUAUAUUUCAAGAAGCCGGCACAUUCAUUUCAUGAUAUUCUCUUGCCAUCUGCAGAGGACGUGGAUACUGUCCAUGAUUUGAUCAGAUGCAUAUGUUCGCAUGGUGUCUGAUAUCAGACUGCUGAGGGCUUAUCAUAUGAUAAGCUUAAAACAUGAUAUUGCUAUCCAGAAUGUAGAGGCAUACACUAAGCAGCCAUUAUGAUUGGGAGAUCAACAAUUUCAGCACAACCAUUACAACACACCUCAAACAUUGCCGUUCCUAUAUAUGAUCAGCAUUCUCGAUCUUCAGGAGCGUAUGUAUCUGUUGAUCACGUUCUACUCACGGUGUUUCUACAUCUACUUCUUAUGGUAUGCUUGAUAUAGCUAUUCAUCCUGACCAUACCUUAGACUACAUAGAUACUAUGUUGGAGGACAUGUCUUCUAAUUUGAGUUCAGUGAGGACAUGGGUAUAAAGACUUUUGGAUGUUCUACACCAAGGAUCGCAGAGGAUGUUGGUACUACUGUUGAGCUGGGUUAUGGAGGUUUGGAUCAUCAUGGUGAUCCUGCUACAGCCUCAAAGACGGGCUAUUUGGGCACAUUCCUAUUAAGCGUAGUGACAUUAUACAUUAUUGUUGUGAUUCAGAUCGAGUGAAUGCUGAGCAAGUGAAACAAUACUUGUGCAUUCUUAUGUAUGCAUUUGUAAUCAUUUUUUUUUAAAUUAAUGACGUGUUUUUGUGGACAUGGUGUUAUUUGGGCACAUCUAUCAGACAGAGUGACACUGUACAUCAUUGUGAUUUAUAUCAGGCCAGUGCUCAACAGGGGAGACAAUCAUUAUACAUUCUUAUGUAUGCAUUUCUAUAAAAUAUUUAGAAAUUAACAUGUUAUUUAUAUACACAUAUGUGCUUACAAACACAUGGGUGCAUGUAUGGUGGUUUAUUUUAGCAGUUAGGUGAUAUUAAUCCAUCUUCCAGGUGGUGAACGCCGCCAUUGAAGACUUUGGAGAGCAUGAUUUGUAUUGUACAUUGUUUUCAUAUCUUAUAC